GGGGCCCCUGCUGCUGACGGGGUUUGGGGGUUCCCCUGCACGGGGCAGCGCUUGCGGGACCCCAGAACCGCCCGGGUCUGUGCCCGGACCCCAGAACCGCCCGGGUCUGUGCCCCCACCCCAACGCUGAACUUCUGGGGUGCCCGGGGAGCCCGCGGAGCUCCCGGCCCCGGCUCCCCCUCUUUCCCCCCGACGGCGGGGGGCGGGAUGCCGGGGUCCGAGGGGUCGCCAUGAGCGGGAUCCCGGGCCCCGAGGGGCGGGAUGCCGGGGCAGCGGUGCCAGGGGAGGGCGGGAUGCCGGAGCGGAGGGCGGGAUGCCGGAGCCGGGCCGGGCGCUCGGGGCUCCUUCCCGGGCCGCUCCGGCCCCGGCGCUCCGGGCCCGCCCGGCCAAAGUCCCUGCGCCAUGAGCGGGGCCCCGGGCGGCCGCCGCCCGACCUUCCCCGGGCUCCCAGGUAGGGCCGGGGCCGGGGUUUUGGGGAGGCUCGGGGCGCUCGGAGCCCCGGACCCAGUGUCGGUCCCCGCAGGGGAGCGGGUGCUCGAGGAGGCGGCGGGCGCCCGGCAGCGCUGCGGGAACGGCGGCGGCUCCGUGCCGGGGACGCUGCUCUGCACCAACCGCCGCCUCGCCUUCCUGCCCGGCCAGGCUCGCGGCUCCCUCCGCUCUGAGGACGAGGUGGCCCUGCCCUGCAUCCACAAACUGGUGGCAGCCAGCAGCUUCUCCAAGCCCAAGGUGCUGACGGCCGCCUCCACGCUCAAGUUCAUCCCCGAGGAGCUCGCCGUCUUCUGCCGGGAUUUCCGCCUGCUCCACUUCUACUUCCCCGAGAACGGGCUGGCUCCGCAGGCGUUCCGGGUGGCCAACGCCAUCGCACAGGCGCGGGAGGAGGCUGCGUGGCUGGGGGAUGCUGCUGACGGCUGGGCCAGCCCUGGUGAAGCCCCGCCAGAGGAGGAGGAGGAGGAGGAUGAGGAAGGCUCGUCCACCACGCUGCUCUUCGAGAGCCUGCGGGACUGGGAGCAGGAGCUGCAGCGUCUCGGCGCCGCGGGCUGGAGGGUGAGCGCCGUCAAUGAGCGCUUCGACAUGGCCCCCAGCCUCCCCCAGUACCUCUGGGUGCCCAGCGGGCUUCUGGACCACGACCUCAAGCGGACCUUUGCCCACUUCCAGGAGCGCCGGGUGCCUCGCCUGUGCUGGCACCACCCGGGCGGGGGGGACCUGCUGAGAGCCGCCAGCUUUCACCCGGCCUCAGAGCCAGGCGGCGAGGACGUGAGGUGCCUGGAGGAGCUGCUGCUGGGGGGCCGUGGGCCAUGUGUGUUGGCCGACACGGCUGAGCUGCCCACGCUGGCCGACAUCCAGCUCGCCCACCUGAGGCUGCGGGCGCUCUGCCUGCCAGGUGCAGUGGCAGAGGAGAAGUGGCUCUCGGCCCUGGAGGGGACACGGUGGCUGGACCACGUGCGCUCGUGCCUGAGAAGAGCAGCGGAGGUGGCGUCGCUGCUGGCAGGGAAGCGCUGCUCCGUGGUGCUGCAAGAACCCUCGGACCGGGACCUGAACUGCCUCCUGGCCUCUCUGGUGCAGCUCCUGGGGGACCCCCACGCCCGCUCCCUGCCCGGCUUCCAGAGCCUGGUGCAGAGGGAGUGGGUGGCAGCCGGGCACCCCUUCCCCCGCCGGCUGGGGCUGCUGGGCCAGGACAGCCCCCGGGAGGAGGCCCCCGUGUUCCUGCUGUUCCUGGACUGCACGUGGCAGCUCCUGUGGCAAUUCCCGGCGCAUUUCGGCUUCACCGAGAAUUUCCUGCUGGCGCUCCACGACAGCAGCUUCAGCCCCUACUUCAGCACGUUCCGCUUCAGCUGCCAGCGCCAGCGGGGCCGCAGCAGCCUGCCCCGGCUGCCCAGCCAGACCUACCGGCCCGUGGGGGGCUGGCAGGAGCCUGGGGGGCACAGGGGGGACCCCCGCCCCUGCGGCUUCCCCCCGGUCUGGGCCUGGGGCCGCCGCUUCACCCGGCAGCAGCGGGAGCAGUUCCGGAACCCCGCGGGACCCCCGGGACCCCCGGGCCCUGCUGGGACCCUGAGCCCGGCCACGCCCGCAGCCCCCUGCCUGUGGGGGGGGCCCAGGCUGGUGCUGACGCUGGCCAAGGGCUCCUUGUGCCCCCACCCCCUGCCCUGGAGGAGCCGCCCCCCGCCCCGGGUGUCCCCCUCAGACAGCCAGGGGACACAGGGGGGGCUCCUGGGGACACGCCAGCCCCCCCCGGGGCUGCUGCUGCCCUGCACGGCCGGGCCCUGCAUCCGCCUCUGGCACCGCUGCUACCUCAGGGGGCUGCCCCAGGAACAGCGUGGGCGCUUGGCCCCGUCCCUGGCCGGGCUGGCUGAGGAGCUGCAGCUGCUGCAGGACCGGCUGGGUGCCUGGAACCUGCGCAGACCCCACUGAGCCCCCGAGGACCCUGCAGCCCACCCGGACCCCUCGGGCCUGGGCACUCCGAGCAGCCCCCCGGCCACCUCUGGGCGCUUGGCAGCGCCGGCUCCCGAGCUGUCCCCGGUGCUGGAUGGGGUCUCGCUUUUUCCAUUAAAUUUGUUCUGCCUCCA